ACAAAGAUAAUGUAUACUUUUUACGAAAAUACUAAUGUUUGUCAUUGCCAUCUUACCUCAGGUACUGGCAAAAGACAGAAACCAAUUUUUCAUUUCAAACACGUGUUAAAAUCAUUUUCCGUUCCAAAUUUUAAUUUAAUAACAUCACUCGCGUCUGUAACGAAAAGUAAUAGUAGUUCCAAGGAAUUACAUUCAGCCUGUUAGAGCGAUCUCUCUCGAACUGUCGUUAAAAUUAGAACAGUCGUGCUUCCCUUUACGAAAAUAGAGCAGACGAAUGGCGUUCUAACUGUGAACACCUAAUUACAUAUUAAUUCGAUGAUUUUCGAACGACGAUACACGAACAACUACCACUUACGACGUUACCACGAAUUCUUGAAGGUGUCAUUUGUUUGCACAAAUACGAUUCAAUAAUUUUCUUCGAUACUUUUUCAAUCAAUCUGUAUUGAACGAAGGAUGAAAAUUAUUGAAUCGUUCAAAGUGAAACGAAUCAAUGAGAAAUGUUUUAUGCUAGCAUUUAAUUACCAACUAAAGGAAAAUAAUGCUAAUUAAAUCCUUUUUUUUUUAUUUACAAUGAUAAUAGUUAACGUUGACAUUUCUCAAAGAUUCGUAACGAAAGAGAGGACGGGAAAGAAUAAUGAUCGAUAUCCGAUCAACAUUUUUGCAAUUAGAAUCAAACUGUAUAAUCUGAAAUUAUCUCUGACUUUGGUUUAUGAUCUUCGUUUCUCUCUUUUUUUCAAUCUGUCUAUAUCUAUCUCUCCCUUCGCCUGAAUCUCCACAUACAAUACACAAAAAAACCAACCAACCAACCAACCAAUCAAACCACCAAUCACCAUCGACCGAACGACCAACGCGGCGCGAAUCGAAAACUCGAAAAAUCAAAGGCAGCCGGAGAGGAAGAUCGAGGAGUCUGAGAAUCCCGAGUUUAUGAAGAGGCAGGAACAGAAGAGAAGCGACCUAGACGAACAGCUGAAGGAAUACAUUGCAGAAUGGCGAAAGCAAAGAGCCAAGGAGGAGGAGGAACUGAAGAGAUUGAAGGAGAAGCAAGCGAAGCGCAAGAUCACUCGCGCGGACGAGGAGAAGAGAUUGGCUCAGAAAAAGAAGGAAGAGGAGGAACGUCGCCAACGUGAAAUCGAGGAGAAGAAACAACGUGAUAUUGAAGAAAAAAGAAAGCGUCUGGAAGAAUCGGAAAAGAAACGUCAGGCUAUGAUGCAGGCGAUGAAGGAUCAAAGCAAGAAGGGCCCCAACUUUACCAUCACCAGGAAAGAUCUGGCAGGUAAUCUUACGUCGGCGCAACUAGAGCGCAACAAGACGAAAGAACAACUGGAGGAGGAGAAGAAAAUCUCGUUGAGCAUUCGUAUCAAACCCUUGGAAAUCGAUGGUUUGUCCAUUGAAAAGCUCCGGUCUAAAGCCAACGAACUCUGGGACACCAUAGUUAAGCUGGAAACUGAGAAAUACGAUCUUGAAGAGCGACAGAAACGCCAGGACUAUGACCUUAAAGAAUUAAAGGAACGUCAGAAGCAACAAUUGAGGCACAAGGCCUUGAAGAAGGGUCUUGAUCCUGAAGCCCUUACCGGUAAAUACCCUCCCAAGAUCCAAGUCGCCUCCAAAUACGAACGCCGUGUGGAUACCAGGUCUUACGACGAUAAGAAGAAGCUGUUCGAGGGUGGAUUGACCGAACAGCAGAAGGAGAUCAUAGAGAAGCAAUGGGCUCAACAAAAGCAACAAUUCCUCGGUCGUCAGAAGACGAAGUUGCCGAAAUGGUUCGGCGAGAGGCCAGGCAAGAAACCCGGAGACCCCGAAUCACCGGAAGGCGAAGAAGACGUGAAGGCUGCGGCUGAAGACGAAGAACUUGAAGAGCCACAAUUCGAUGAGGAAGAAGAAGAGGAGGAGGAAGAGGAGGAGGAGGAGGAGGAAGAAGGUGAGAAGAAGGGUGAAGGUGAGGGUGAAGAAGAGGAAGAAGAGGAGGAAGAGGAGGAGGAGGAAGAGGAAGAGGAGGAAGAAGAAGAAGAAGAAGAAGAAGAAUAGAUUCUACUUCCGUUAAAUUGGCACCUAACCACAGAUUCAAUCGAUCGAUCAUCAAGCAAUCUUGAAACAUCCUUCGUACCAUCGAACGUACAUAUAUGUAUAGUCGUGGCGACAGUAGAGACCAACAAUGGCUCGCCAUUGUACCAGAAUCUCGUCGUUAUAGUUGGCUGUUCGUUUCGAGUUUUACGCGACAUCGAAAUGGUUACGAAGGGCAGAAGAAACCGGAUGUCCGUGUCUCUUUAAGGUUUCUCCGCGAACAAGCAAAUCUAUAAUGGCGAGCAUUCCGGCUGGUUAAAACAAGCUGUUACCAUUUCUCGGCUGUUCAACCACUGCUAUUAAUACUUCUAUUACUACUACUCUACUACUUCUAUUGCUACUAUUAUUAUUAUUAUUAUUAUUAUUAUAUUGUACAAAAUACACGCACACACAUUAUUAAAAUAAAACGGUUUAUCGUAUAAGAUUUCGCGAGGAAUCCACCUAUCUUUAUCCCUAGGAGAUAAUCCUUGAUUUGUUACGUCUAUAAAAUGUUAAUCUUGAUUGUAAAUUAAGAGGACCCGAUUGCAAAAGAACAGUUUUCGAAGUAAAGACGUUAACGGUGUUUUUAUUCGUUAUUGAAACUCUACUUAUCGAUUAUCUUGUUUGAUUUUCUUACUUCCGCUCUUCUGGACGAUUUUAUUAACAAUAAAGUGGGAUAUUAUAAGAAUA